AACAAUUAAACCAUCAUAAUCAUGAUAAAUAACUAUUUAAAUUUAUUUACUUGAAUAUUCAAUAAUAGAUUAUAACAAAAAACAUGUCAGUCAAACUAGAUGAUACUGUUUGCCGGGUUUGUUUAAGUUCCUCCGGCAGCAUAACAAUUUUCGAUGAUUGCGGCAAAGAUGACCAAUUUCGUUAUUGUACUUCAUUAGAGGCUUCCAUAGAUGACGGACUUCCAUCAAAACUUUGCAAAAAGUGCAACGAUCAUCUUAAAGUUGCCUACGAUUUUCGUUUCCAAGCCAUUUAUGCUGAGAAAUAUUUUCGAAAAACUAUAUUCUUGCCUUCAUUUAAGAAAGAAGACGAUGCACCCAAUAGCAAUGGCGACGAUGUCGAUGCUAACACAAACAAUCAUUGCUCCGAUGAGUUGGAUGAAAAUAUGGCAGAAAUUGAUAUGUUGUUGGCAAUUCAUACAGAACGAGUUGAAGAUGCCAAUGAUAAUUACGAUGAUGACAACGACAAUGAAGUCGAGAUGAUGGAUAACUCAGAGUUCUUUGAUGAUGAAAGCGUCACAAUGGAUGAAAAGCAUGUUGAGAUCAUCGGGAUGGAAACAUUCGAAAAGGAAAAGCGAGAACAAAAAGACCAGAAAGUCAAGUUGGAAAUCGCUAAUGUUCCACCACCGCUUGUUUCUGUUACUGAAGGCAGCACAAGGUUCGAGAUGCCAUCGACGUCAUUGCCAAGUAUGCCUUUGGAAUCACCUCAAUCUGCCACAAGCAGCACAAGUGUCCAACAAACUCAUGUUAGCAUAGAAGAUAUCCAACAGUACACAGAUUCGAACAGUUUUAAUCAUCACUCUCAAUCUGUUCAGGAGAUAACCAUAAACACUGGUAGAUCGGAGCAUUUAGAGAUCCAUCCAGUCUUAAAGAACGAUCCAUCUGGGUUUGACUUUAAUGUUCCAACAACUGUAGCUGCUGUUGGCUACGAAUCGUAUUCCACGUCAUCACAGAUUCAAUAUCAACAGAUACCAGUCCAAAUUGAAUAUAACCAACAGCAUAAUACACUGCCUCUUCAAGAAUCUGAUCAUCAUCAAAACUCUACUAACUACGAUUUCCCUUAUCAAGAAACAUUCUCACAAUACGGAACUCAAACAAAUGAAAUAGUUCCUCAGCAAACACAACAAUUAACAGAAACUAUACAUCAAUUCCAACAACCAGAUCAAGUUCAGGAAUUAACUACGGAGAACAAUUUCAAGACUGAAUAUCAUGAAGCAACUAUAAUUGCUCCGAAAGUGAAGAAAACAAAAACAACACUUCCUAGUCGCAAGGAUAGAAUCGAGUGCAAUAUUUGUGGGAGUUUGUUUACGCAUUUGAAUUCACUUAAAACUCAUCUGCUCAAGCAUUCUGGGGAGAAACCAUUCAAGUGUGAGUUUUGUGACAAGGCAUUUGCUCGUAAAACUGUUCUCAAUAUACAUCGGCGGUUGCAUACUGGGGAGAAACCAUAUAAAUGUUCCUUGUGCCCAAGUGCUUAUGUUACUAAGGAAGCUCUAGCGCGUCACUUACAAAAAGACCAUGUCGAAGAAGUGGGAGCAAAUUUUCGCCGUGACAAGGUUUCCUACAUUUGUUCAAUUUGCAAUAAAUCUCGAUGUUCGAAAUACUCUCUAGCUUCUCACAUGAAAACACAUUUUAAUGUAUCAAAAGUGCGACGGAAAAUAAUUCGCAAAAGAAAAGAAAAAACACCAACAGAAGGACGAGAUGGUGUUGGUUCUACUGAACCAGUAACACAACAAAAAGUACUUUUGAAAUACUCUUGUAAAGUUUGUCAUAAAGGUUUCCCCAAUAAAUGGGAGCUCUGCACUCAUGCUGAGACCCAUAAUAUGCACAAAAUAUUCGAAUGUGAUGUCUGUCAGAGAACAUUUGAAAAAAAGUUCCAAUUGCUUUAUCACUUGCAAACCCACGAAGGUGGUGAGGAACUGGUAAAAGCUAAAGUGAAACCAAGUGCUGAACAAAAGAUUGCCAAUGAAGUGCCAGAUGAGGUGAAGAUAGAAGUGAAAACAGAAGAUCAAACUCCAGUAGUGGAAAAGCAAACAAAAAGAAAACUUCGUGCUUCAAAAAGACGGAAAAAGAAAGCAAAAAUUGACUAUGAGGAUGAGAAUGAAUUGAGUGACGUAAGUGAAGAAAAGAAUAGUGACCAUGAAAAGGUCACACAAAUUUCGAUUAGUAAAAAGGGAACAACAAGAGCUCAAAGAGAAAAUCUUAAGGUACUUCGGACAAGUAGCAAAAUUGAGUGUCUCAUAUGCGAAGCUGUUUUUACCCAUCCAACUUCUCUCAAAACUCACAUGCUUGUUCAUUCAGGCGAACGUCCAUUCAAGUGUGAUCAUUGUGAUAAGUCUUUUGCGAGGAAAACUGUUCUGAAUAUCCAUCGGAGACUGCACACCGGUGAGAAGCCUUAUAAAUGCCCUCUUUGUGAUAGUGCUUGCGUCACCAAGGAUGCUCUGAUGCGCCAUAUGUCCAAGGAUCACGAUGAUGAUCGAGAAGCCGAUCGAAUAAAAUUCACCUGUGGUGUGUGCCAUAAAUCAAUGGGUACCAAGUACUCUCUGCAAACGCACAUGAAACUUCACGAACAAAAUACAACAGCAAGUUCAACUGAGUUGAAUUUCUCGUGUAACAUGUGCACCGAGUCUUUUGAUACGAAAUCCAAUUAUGCGAAGCAUAUGGAAGUCCAUGAUUCGCAUAGAAAUUUCCAAUGUGACAUCUGCCAGGUGACAUUCGAGAAGAAAUUCAAGCUUCUCUUUCAUUUGCAAACGCAUAAAAUUGAAGAUCUGCCUUGCAAGAAAUGUGGUGAGACGUUUACUAUAAGGGAAAAUCUCAUUCAACACGUAAAAGCCCAACACAUUGAUCCCCAGAAUAUGGAUUUUCAAUGCCCUACUUGCAAUGUUGGGCAAUAUGAUACAAGGGAUUUAAAAUUGCACAUGUUGAAUGUGCACGAAGUGACAAUGGGUGAAUUGAAUUCUUGUGAUAUGUGUGGUGAGAGUCAUUCGACUGCUGCGGAGUACUACAAACAUAUGCACGAUAAACAUGAUACAAUCAGUAAAACGUGCAAUGAGUGUACAAAGUAUUUUGAUUCGCGAAAGGCUUUCGAUAAGCAUAUUCUUACACAUUACAUGUGAGAGUGGAGUAACUUAAUAAUCAUACACAGUAUGAUUUGUAAAUAUAAAUAUUUUUCAUAUACUUGUUACAUAAUAAUAUAGGCUUUGCCUGAAUUUACUACUUAAUUUACUUGUGAAUAUUAAAACUAAAGAUUUUCUAUUAGAAA